UGAGACAAAGGGGGUGAUAGACUUUGGUUGCUCACAAUAAACCGUUUAUUAAUUUUUAAAUUUUCCUGCCUACAAUCGAUUUUAAUUUGUGACUUAUUUUUGGACUGUUGCUAAUUUAGUGAUACAUUUUAACUUUUUGUGUCAACUUUAAUUUGUGCCCUACAAUUUAUUGGAGAAAACAACAAAGAAAACGGAUAUUUGUUUGAAACGAGAACAAAGUAACCGUGCAGUGAUCAGUUGCCAGAGACAGUAACCAGAGAGAAUCAAACACUCUUUGUUGCCACCAGUGAUUUCCGCUUCCCCACAUGUUACCAAUUUUUGUUUAACUUAUCUGUCAAUUAGUGUGAAUUUAAUCUUAAAACAUCGCAAUUUCAAAUAGUUUUCAUCCGACACUUACAUGGGCCUGAAAGGUUACUAUGAAGGUUAAAAAGGAGGUAAAGGAGGAAAAAGAAGAAAAUGGUAGUCCAGUUAAACCACCUAGGAAAAAGGUCAAGAAGGAAAAGAAUGAAGAGGAAGCUCAACAUAUAUGGAAAUGGUGGGAAGAAGAUAAUUUGGACUCUAAUAUAAAAUGGAAAACAUUGAUUCACAAAGGUCCAGUCUUUCCACCAGAAUAUGAACCACUCCCGUCUAAUGUCAAAUUUUAUUAUGAUGGUAAAGCUUUAAAAUUAUCUCCUGGUGCUGAGGAGGUAGCCGGUUUUUAUGCUAAAAUGCUUGAUCAUGAAUACACUUCAAAAGACACGUUCAACUCAAAUUUCAUUAAAGAUUGGCGUAAAUAUAUGAAUUCUAGCGAAAAAUCACUUAUUGAGGAUCUAAGUCUAUGUGAUUUUAGGUCAAUGCAUGAAUACUUCAAGGAACAAAGUGAACUACGUAAACAAAUGACCAAAGAGGAGAAACAAGAAAGAAAAAAGAAGGAGGAAGCUAUUGUAGAAGAAUAUGGUUAUUGUAUAGUAGAUGGACAUAAACAAAAGAUUGGUAAUUUCAAAAUUGAACCUCCUGGUUUAUUUAGAGGUCGAGGUGACCAUCCAAAGAUGGGUAAAGUCAAGGCUCGUAUCAAUGCUGAAGAUGUCAUUAUUAAUAUUGGUAAAAAAGCACCUAUCCCUCAACCCCCGCCUGGUCACAAAUGGAAAGAAGUUAGACAUGAUAAUACCGUCUCAUGGUUAGCAUCAUGGACCGAAAAUAUUAUGGGCAAUGUGAAGUACAUUAUGUUGAACCCUUCUUCUAAGUUGAAAUCCAUGAAGGAUUGGCAAAAAUAUGAGAAAGCUAGAGAAUUAGCUAAAUUAGUUGACAAGAUCCGUGAGGAUUACCGAAACGACUUCAAAGACCGAGAAAUGGUAAAACGUCAGCGUGCUGUUGCUCUGUAUUUUAUCGACAGGCUAGCUUUGAGAGCUGGUAACGAAAAAGAAGAAGGUGAAACAGCUGAUACUGUAGGUUGUUGUUCUCUUAGGUGUGAACACAUUGUUCUUCAUGAGGAAAAGGAUGGUAAAAAAUACGUUGUUGACUUCGAUUUUCUGGGUAAAGAUUCAAUUAGAUAUGUCAACUCUGUGCAAGUAGAAAAAAGAGUCUUCAAAAAUCUAAAGUUAUUCAUGGAGAAUAAACAAUCUGAAGAUGAUCUUUUUGAUCGUUUGAAUACAUCUACUCUUAAUAAAUAUCUUAAUUCACUUAUGGAUGGCUUAACGGCCAAAGUUUUCCGUACAUACAACGCCUCCAUAACUCUUCAGCAGCAAUUGAAAUUGCUAACAAAAACUGAUAUGUCUCAAGCUGAAUUGAUGUUAGCCUAUAACCGUGCUAAUCGUGCCGUUGCCGUUCUGUGUAACCAUCAACGUGCUGUUCCAAAAACAUUCGAAAAAUCGAUGGCUAAUCUACAAGAUAAAAUAAAGGAUAAAAAAGAUCAGAUGAAGAAGGUUAAAAAAGAACUUAAAAGUGAUAAAAGUGACAAACUGAAGAAGAAGCUGAAAACUUUAGAAGAACAAUUAAAAAAAUUAGAAGUACAGGCUGUUGACAGAGAGGAAAACAAGCAAAUUGCCCUUGGUACCAGUAAACUUAAUUAUCUCGACCCAAGAAUUAGUGUGGCUUGGUGUAAAAAAUUUAACGUUCCAAUUGAAAAAAUUUACAACAAAACCCAAAGGGACAAAUUCCGGUGGGCAAUUGAAAUGGCUGGACCUGAAUUUGAAUGGUGAUUUUGAGAUACAAUUAAAGAGUUUCUUCGCUGUUUACUCUAAUAAAUCAUGGUUAAUUAAGAAAUAAAAAGAUGUGUUACCUCUCGUUCAGCGAUCAUCUACUAGUGGCAGACGAUAACAAGCUUUCUGACCAAUGAUGUGCAUCAUAACUUCAUCACCACCUGACCUCUUCUCUUUCAUUUCUAUUUCGCUGUAUCCAAAAAUUUUCCUCCAGUAUUUAUACAAUUUCUCAUAUUUUACCUCCCUUUAUUUGGGAUGAAUUGACGCCAUCGACUUAUCCAUUUAAAUAUUUAAAAUUAGAACUCCAAAGGAUGGCUACUUGACCCCUUUCUUCUUCCCUUACCUCCCUUCUCUCUUGACUUUCAUCUAAACUUUCAUGAAAAGGAUUUUUUGAUGAGAUUAAUUAACAUCAAAUAUUUCCAGAGGAUAUGCUACUCUUACCAAUAAAUUGUUCUACUCUCAUUGCUACAUCGAAUCUCCAAAAUGCUUUUAAUUUAUCCUAUCAAACAGAAUUGACCGGUUUACUGAAGAUUCCAUUUAAACUCAACAUUUCAGUGAAUUUAAUCUUUCACAUGUUUAAGAUGAACUUUUUAGGCAUCAUCUGCCUAAUCACUCCAUUUUUUAACUCUUUUCCAUGUUUCCCAUCAUUUAUUGUAAAUUCAACUUCGAUCAUAAUAUCAAUUUCCCCUUCAAUCGAAACUAGAAUUCAAAUUGAUUAUGGAAAAUGAAUUAAUCAUAAAGAUGAUCUGUCAAUCCAA